GAUUUGUUUCGUUGUAGAUGCUGAUCCGGUGGAUACUCGUGCUCUUCUACAUUUCCGAUGCACGCGCACUCAUCGAGCAGAUACCGCUGCCGGCGGACAUAAAGGCGUGCUUCGAUGAGCAGCUUCAUCCAACUAAAUCCGUCGGCGCUGUCAUAUUCACGCGCUGUGUGCAGCGGACAUUAUGGAAACGCCAGGCAUCCAAGGAAGUACCGCCACUCGGCGAUGAUGCCAUGAAGUGGAUUUCUGGUCUGGUUGAAAUGAAUCACUUUAACGCAAUUGAAGCUACAAAAGACAUCCAUCACUCGCCGCUGACCGACGAAAUCAAGAAACGCGUUCCCCGACAGGCGCCGGAAGUCGAGAUUCCUCGUCAGCCGCGGGUACGCAAAGAGUACCGGAUGUUGACGGACAGAGAGCGGACGCUGUUCCAUAGGGCAAUGAACAUGCUCAAAGCGGACAAGUCCGUGUCCCCUAACAAGUAUGACGCUAUGGGGCGGCUCCACUACAUGUCGGUGGCGAGGUCGCACUUCGGCCCCAACUUCCUGCCCUUCCAUCGGUUGCUCCUCGUCAUAAUGGAGAAUGCGCUGCGAGAGAAGAUCCCCAGCGUGACGAUCCCCUACUGGGACACGACGUUGGAUCACGAGCUGCGGGAUCCCAGAUCCUCAGUCCUUUGGACCCCGGAGUUCCUGGGACAAGCCAACGGGUUCAUCAUUGACGGACCAUUCGCCAACUGGGAGACGCCAACUGGGCCCCUGCUGCGAUAUUUCGGCGCGGCGGGUACCAUGAUGAACUGGACGUACAUCCACAAGGCGUUCCGUCAGGAUCACCUGGAGAACAUCAGUGUUCCGUUCGCACUUCCGGAAAACAACAUUGAGGAACAGCAUAACCAGGUGCAUCAGUGGGUCGGUGGACAAAUGUCGCCACCAGCGCUGGCGGCAUUCGAUCCAGUAUUCUACCUGCUUCAUUCCUACGUCGAUCUGCUAUGGGAGAUCUUCCGGGGGCUACAGAAGCGGCGAGGGAUUGACCCAACUACCGAUUAUCCGAUGGAUAGCGCGGAAAUACCCCCCGGUCAGGAUUACAAUGCAUCCUCUGGUUUUGGUUCGCUUCUUGUAAGACACGGUCUAAGCGACGUGUUCACCGACAACAUUUAUAAGUACGAACGGCCCCCAACUUGCUCCCUUGACCAUCCUGACUGCGGAUCCCCGUACAUACGGUGCGACACUUCCGGCCCAGAACCGAAGUGCGUCUCGGCGUCGAUUUUCGACAUCCGACCUCUGUUUUUAGCCAACGGCCUUCCUAUGAAUGGCGGAUCAGGUAUACGACACAUGCGUAGCGCGCGCGGAAAUCAGAACGAGGCCGAGUUCAAAAAGGCGUUAGACCACGUGGCAGAAGUGGCAUGUCAGGAUAGCAAUGUGAAUGAGAAGUUUGUUAACGCGUUUGUGAUCGAUGGGAAAGCUGAUCGAUCGCAGUGGAGCUACAUUCCAAUAGAAAUUGUCCAUAGAAAUACACACAGUAACUCGUCGACCGUGUCAGUGUAUGACAUCUGUGCUAAAGACCAAAUCUCCGAAAAAUCAAACCGUGUUUUCGUAGAAUCGAACGGCCUAAACUAUAACGGGAUGUUCAAGCAAGUGGCUCAUUUCAGAAAAGACGUUCACACCGAUUCAACAAUUACGUACGUUGGAAUAAAGAAACCCGGGAAUAGAACUCUAUCUGAAGUAUUGAUUUCCGCUUAUGACGUAUGCGGGCGCGUGUGUCAGCCAUAUUGCCCAGUUUAUGCGGCAACGAGUCGCCCUUGCACAGGCGCAAUUAAAAUAUCGCGAGAUUUCCCCGCCAUGUUCAGUGAUGACGUCACUUCCGUCAUAAACACCGUAUGGCGGGAAGAUGCGUACGGAAUGCCUCGUGUUGUGCACGAUGAACUUUUUAUAAGGUUUGUUUGCGAUACAAAUGUGUCUUUCUGGCCAUGGGGUUCACUGUAGACUUAAUCUCAAAUCUGACUCUUGAAUAUUGUGUUUG